UAUUAAGUGAGCUGCGCUGUGUGGCUGGAGUGAACUUUCAAUAAUGAGUGGUGCAGCGUUGGGCCUUGAGAUAGUAUUUGUCUUUUUUCUGGCCUUAUUCCUGCUUCAUCGGUAUGGAGACUUCAAGAAACAGCAUAGGCUGGUGAUCAUAGCAACAUUAUUGGCUUGGUAUCUUUGCUUUCUUAUUGUAUUUAUACUGCCUCUGGAUGUCAGUACGACUAUUUAUAAUCGGUGCAAACUUGCUGUUAACUCCAGCCCUGCAGAAAGUAAUGGCUCUUACGUUACUCUUGCUCCAAGCAAGCAAAAAUGUUUCAAACCAUGGAGUUAUAUUCCUAAUGGAAUUAUGCCAAUUUUCUGGCGUGUUGUAUAUUGGACGUCGCAGUUUUUAACAUGGAUUCUGCUACCUUUCAUGCAGUCAUAUGCUAGAUCAGGAGGGUUCUCCAUUACUGGAAAGAUUAAAACUGCAUUGAUUGAGAAUGCAAUCUAUUAUGGCACUUACUUGCUGAUUUUUGGAGCAUUUUUAAUAUAUGUGGCUGUAAACCCAAACUUCAAUUUACAGUGGAACCAACUUCAGACUAUUGGGAUAGCCGCUGCAAACACAUGGGGUCUCUUUCUUCUUGUGUUGCUUUUGGGUUAUGGUUUGGUGGAAAUUCCCCGUUCUCACUGGAAUGGGGCCAAAAGGGGUUAUCUACUCAUGAAGACCUAUUUCAAAGCUGCCAAACUGAUGACUGAAAAAGCAGAUGCAGAGGAGAAUUUAGAGGAUAUUAUGGAAGAAGUCCGUAAAGUAAGUGAGAGUAUCAAGUAUAACCACCCUUUGAGAAAAUGUGUUGAUACAAUACUGAAAAAGUGUCCUACUGAGUACCAGGAAAGAAUGGGUAGGAACAUGGAUGAUUAUGAAGAUUUUGAUGAAAGACAGAACAGUUAUCCAAGUGAAAAAAGUUUGGUCAAACUUCACAAGCAGGUAAUCUAUUCAGUACAGAGACAUCGUCGUACACAGGUCCAGUGGCAAAUUCUUUUAGAACAAGCAUUUUACCUAGAAGAUGUGGCAAAAAAUGAAACCAGUGCAACUCGACAGUUUGUUCAUACCUUUCAUUCCCAGGAACCAGAGAAUAAAAUUAUUCGGUAUUUCUACACACCAAGUGUUGAGUGGUACUGGGAAUGUCUUCUACGACCAUGGUUUUACAGGGUGCUUGCAGUUGUUCUGGCCACGUUCUCUGUAAUUGUUGUGUGGUCGGAGUGCACAUUUUUCAGCACAAAACCAGUUUUAUCACUAUUUGCAGUUUUCAUACAGCUGGCAGAAAAGACAUAUAAUUAUAUCUACAUAGAGAUGGCCUGUUUUCUUACCAUCUUUUUCCUAAGUAUCUGUGUUUACUCUACUGUCUUCAGGAUCCGUGUAUUUAACUAUUAUUACUUAGCUUCACAUCAUCAGACAGAUGCAUACAGUCUCCUUUUCAGUGGCAUGUUAUUUUGCCGUCUUACUCCACCAUUAUGCUUGAACUUUUUGGGCUUGACCCAUAUGGAUGCAACUAUCUCACACAAAAACACUCAGCCAACUGCUUAUACGUCUAUAAUGGGAUCCAUGAGAGUGCUGUCCUUCAUUGCAGAUGGAUUCUAUAUAUAUUACCCAAUGCUUGUUGUCAUUCUCUGUAUUGCCACAUACUUUAGUUUAGGAACUCGUUGUUUGAAUCUUUUGGGAUUCCAGCAGUUCAUGGGGGAUAGCGAAAUGACCUCUGAUUUGAUCGAUGAAGGAAAAGAGCUAAUCAGAAGAGAGAAAAGAAAACGACAAAGGCAGGAAGAAGGUGAAAACAGAAGAAGGGAAUGGAAGGAGCGGUAUGGAAAUAGAGACGAUUCCACUAGAAACAGAGUUGUCCACACAGACCAAAAAGAAUCCAGCUUCUCAGAGACCAAUACCAACAGAUCACUAUCAAAGUAUACCCGAUCAAAUGGUAGGACUGAAAGAGAUAGAAUAGAACUCCUCCAGGAUGCAGAACCUUUGGAUUUCAACGCAGACUCAAUUAAUGAUGACCCUCUUGAAGCAGACUCGGGAAGGUACCAACCUGGUGGAAGAUACCUGUCAAUGUCUCGAAGCAAAAUAUUUGAUGAUGUCUAAACUCUUCAAAGCGGAAUAUUCAGCGGAAAUCUUUUUCCUACUCAUUGCUUGGAAAAUACUGUAUUUAUGAUAUAUCACUGAACCAGAAAAGACCAUUUUUGUUUAAAAAAAGAAUAUGAAGGAACAACUAUUUUGGAAGUGCACCUGUAUGAUAACUUGACUACUUAUGACAAGCAUAUGCUUCUUCUAUUGUAGAUACUGGAUAUUGUUGUGCGUCAGUGUGGGCUUUUGUGUUGUGACCAAAAGGAGAAAACUAUUAAGUAAAUAGAGGGUAAACUUCAUAAAUAUACCUAGGGCUCAACUUGAACUGUAACAUUGUAAGUUUUAGGAAGAGGAUUUUUUGGAAGGAAUUUUUUUGUAUUUUAACAGAUGCUGUGAGAGCAUCUUAAUGCAUCCAAAGUGCAGUUAUGUCAAUUACUAUAGUAAACACUUUCUAUAAUUUUUCUAUUUGAGCUUUAUGCCUAGUCCAAAAUCUACUGAAUUAAGUUAAGGUUUCUUUUGGCUUCAGUGGUCUUUGAAUCAGUCUGUGUAUAAGCAGAAAGAUUGAAUGGCAGGCUGUUCUUCAUAAAAUCGUAAAACACAUGUUCCAGUAUUUAAAGGGUGGCUACAAAGAAGAUGGAGACUCCCUUUUUAC